UUCAGGGGCAGACUGUCAGACUCACACAGGUACUGCUGUCUGAUUCAAUUCUUUGUCCAGAGACUGUUCUCAGUGAGACUUCCAUCAACUGACAAAUUCAUAUCAAGAUGGGGAACAUGCAGUGUCCUGCCGAGGAUGCAGCCCUUCUGGCCUCUGUUGCUCGAGACAUCUGUCCUUUCCCAGACUACAACCCCAGUCCUCUUCUCCUAAACAUGCUGUCAGCCAAUUCUUCCCUUCAUCUGAGGAACUACUACGUGGAAGUGCAGUCCUCCCUGACCCCCAAACAGCUGGAGGACUUUACUCAGGACCUGAGGACCACUUUUGGCAGGAAGGGAAGGGUCAACCUCGGCGGGGUGGGGGUAGUGGCCCUGUCCCUGGCUGUGCUAUUUGAUACUCUUGGAAGACAAGUCAGGGGAGAGUGGGUGCCACACUCAGGGCCUAUUCCAGGUUUAUUUGCCAAAGACUUGAGAGGGCACUACCCACCGCAUGUCUACACAGUCAGCGAGUUCCUAAGACUGCUACCCUACAUAGCAAACAACCCCACCAGGAUGAGAGAGGAGACAGAGAGGUACCUCAAGCAACUAAUGAUUGAUGAACGAUCCAACCAGAACCAGGGCAAUGAUGCCAUCACUGGGGUCAACUUGAUGUUUGGGACUUUAUUUCAAAACAGUUUGCGUAUUCACCUAUUGCGUAUUGCCAACUCUACAGUUGUGGAUGAUAUAAUCAAGUCUGUAAGAAAACAUGAGACUGGAGUUGAUGCAGCUCAUGUCAGCAAAACCAGAAAGAGACGCAUCCCCGCCCCUGAAAACACUGUUAUCUUCAACCUCAACUGCGAUCCAGAGGCAGCCAGCAAAGCUUUUUUGGCUGAAGUGAACAAAACAACCGACACACAAGAGGCUUUUAGACUGUGUCAGCCAUUCAACAGGAACAUACCAAAGACAUUUUUACAUUUUAUUGCCAGGCUAGCCUGGCUAGAUGUCAUCAAUGACCCCAUCUUUGACUUCAAAAACCAAGCUGAAUUACUUACAGCUCAGAGAGAGGAUUUUGACCUGAAGGCCUAUGCACUUAGAAAAUGGGCAGAGUAGGUCAUUGGUCAACUGUCCAAAUGUCC